AUCAUCCUCUCUUCACGAAAAAAAAAAUACAAUUUUCUUUUCUCCUCAAUCGUCUUGUUCACAGUUCCAAUCAGUUCCAUCAAUUUCAAUAUGACCAAACAACAAGCCAACUGGUCUCCAUAUGACAACAAUGGAGGAUCUUGUGUUGCAAUUGCUGGAUCAGAUUAUUGUGUAAUCGCAGCAGAUACCAGAAUGUCCACCGGUUACAACAUCCUUACUCGUGAUUACUCCAAAAUCUCACACUUAGCUGAGAAGUGUGUUAUGGCUUCUUCUGGUUUUCAAGCUGAUGUGAAGGCUUUGCAGAAGGUUUUGUCUGCUAGGCAUUUGACAUAUCAGCAUCAACACAACAAGCAAAUGAGUUGCCCUGCGAUGGCUCAGUUGCUUUCAAACACACUUUAUUACAAGCGCUUCUUUCCAUAUUAUUCUUUCAACGUUUUGGGCGGCCUCGACAGCGAAGGAAAGGGAUGUGUGUUCACAUAUGAUGCUGUUGGUUCCUACGAGAGGGUGGGAUAUAGCUCUCAGGGUUCCGGAUCAACGCUCAUUAUGCCUUUUCUUGAUAACCAAUUGAAGUCCCCAAGUCCACUCCUUUUACCUGCCCAGGACGCUGUUACUCCACUGUCUGAAACAGAAGCAGUUGAUCUGGUCAAAACUGUUUUUGCAUCUGCAACUGAGAGAGAUAUAUACACUGGGGAUAAGGUUGAAAUUGUCAUCCUAAAUGCCAGCGGUAUUCAUCGGGAAUUCAUGGACCUAAGGAAAGACUGAUGCUUUUACUCAGAAAUUUAUAUUCAUGAUAGGCUUGUACCAAGAAUGUUUUGGAAUACUCCUAAAUUCUGAACGUGGGCUAGGGUUUUUUCCAUUAUGAAAAAUUGGAAACUGUUCUUCAACUUGACUUGAACUAAUGCUAGUCUGCUCAUAUUUGUAACUAGACUGUGCUUUUACUUUAUAUUUGCAUCGGAUGUUAUCCGAGUCCAUUUCUUAA